AUGAGAGCUUAUCAGUUGCUUGCCUUUUGCGUGGUGGAAGCCAUUGCGGCUCCGUGGUCGACCAAUCUGUCACCCGGAGUGCCCAGCACCGCGCAUACUGGCGUGGACAUCGACCUGGCAGAUAUCACCUCAUCCCAAGACAGUUUCAGACGCCAGGCUCCCCUUCCUGCAAAAAUUUCCUCCGCAGAGGAUUCAAAGAAAGCCGCGCCCGGUGGCGGAAAAUUAGGCGUGCUAUACAGAGGUGAUUCACGGCCGCCUGAUGAAAUAUUCAGGAUAGGAUUCACACCAAAGGGUAAUGAUAGGUCCCUGCAAGGAAAACUGUCAUUCCAUGUCAAUUCCGCAUACGUAUCAACAUCCCGGUCUCCCGUAGCCGCUUCAAUGUACGCCUUCGGUCAAACAGACAAUAGGCAGCCAACGGGCUACAUUUACGUGUUGGCACCCGAUGGCGUACCAGAUGGAUAUUGGUUUCCCGACAUAUGGCGCAAAGAUGGCCCUGUGCUCAAUAACCAAGAAUUCGCCGUGGAUGGUUCUAUACCGGCUUCGAGUAUCUCCCAUGCAUACCAAGUCACUCAGGACAACCCGUCCAGCAGGGCUAUCAAAAUCAAGAACCCUGGUUAUAUCUUUAGGUCGUGUCCCCGAUGCACCAUUUUAAAACGAGCCAUCUGCGAUCCUGCCAACUUCGUUGAGGACGAAGGGCUAAAGGAGCAACCCGCAACCGGGCAACAAGAAGAACCAAAGAAGCCGACACCUGGUGGCAACGAGGAUGGGAAGAAACCGCCGACCGAGGCUGAGACAGGGAACACAGACAAGGCUAAGGCUGGCAAUGACGCCGGUCCCCCAAAAAGCAAUCAGGAGCCAGAUGUGAAAAUGACGAAGCUGGCCGAGAAGAUUUCGGAGAACGAGUUCAAUGCAAUCGUGGCGAAGCACAAACUUGGCUCCGCUCCCGAGUUCUGGAAAACGACUGUCUCCCAAGCCCGUACAACAAUCAUCCAGCCGCUAGUGUCCAAGAUGAAACCGCCUCGCGUUGUAAUCAAGGGCCUUGGUAGAGCCAUACCCGGUGUUGUUGACGUUUUCUUGACGGCAGGGGCAUUGACAAAGGCCUUCCUCACGGAAACGUCUGCCUUGGACCGGGCAAGCACUGGGACAUCACUCGUCCCGCUGGUAGGUUGCGGAGUAGGCGCAGCGGCCAACAAUCAAGACGGGAAAACCACUCCUUUCGAGGGGGUCGAUACGGCCUUGUGCUUCAUUGGUGAUGAGUUGAUGCUCAGUGCUGUUGGAGCCCCUAUUGGGAUGGUCGUUUCGCUCGUACGCAUGAUUGUCAGUUUCUUCAGUAUACUGGAUUCAAGGGAGAAGACUGCCAAGACUCUCCGCGAUGAACAAUGGAAUAAUCUUCUAGACGAGAAGAUGACUCGACUCGUCAUUUCCAAGGAGUUCAGAGUCAAGCUGCAGAGCUCUCUGGCUCUGGACUCCAUGGUGGUGGCAUCCUACGGCGCGGAUUGGAUCGGGCAGCUUGUUACAAAUUCGACCACGGAAGCGAUCCGAGCAGAAGUGAAUGCCCAGAUUGUGAGUCGCCAGCGCCAGUUCCUGCUGAACAACGUGCCUGUCCACUUCUCAAAUCUUCUGAAGUCCGUCGCAGAAGAGUAUAACAAGGAAUUCAUUGAGAAAUGGAAGUCUGCCCAGAAACCGCCAGCGAGGACGCCUGCCGGCGGCUUCGGCAGUGCUGGGGAGCGUUUUGCCGAGGCGCAGGCUCACCGCAAGACGUUGGAACUGUACGAACAGAAUUUGGUAACCACUGCUCAAAAGUUGCGGGAUGAGCCGCCAACGCUUCCUGCCGACCUUUCUCUCGCCUAUUACAUUGGCGUUGCUGCAGGAUUCGGCGAGUCUCAGGUCAUCAACCUAGACGACUCUGGACGCCUGGGUUCCACGAGCGUUGAAUGGCGCACGGCUGUUCAGAGAGAAGUAAUCGAGCCGAAUAAGUACUACACCGAUAUCACAGGAAAGCAAGCUUCAGAAAUAGUAGAUCGAGACACCACUGCUGUUGCGGAAGUCCUUCAAGGCAAAAUUACGGAGGCCGAGCUGCCCAGCACUGUUGAAGGGUUGACCAAUGUCAAAGAGUUCCAUUUGCUCAUUGCUAUGAACCUUGGGAGGCUAAUGGCUGGCUACAAAAAGAGUGCCCGAGAGGGGGAUGGCCGUUAUUUUGACCACAUGUAUGACAAUGACAAGCCUGGGCUUCUGCAGCAGCUGAGGAAUUUCGAUCAGUCCUCAAUGGUGUAUAGUCUUGGGUCCUUCGCUAGGUACAUUGCGCUUUGCGCUGGAUUCACAAAAGAGCAGGUGGAGCAAGCAUUCAACGGCAAGGUCCCUAGUGGCCUCGACGAUAGGGCAGCCGCUGUGUACAGUUUAGCACUAACACUGGCGAGGUUACAUGGGCCAUUAGGUGAUGCUGUAUUUGAGCAAGCGAGGGAAGUCCUUGGACGGGAUGAAGUCGCUGGCAUGGCGCACACAGUAUGUGGCUACAUCUACGUCGCCAUGCUGUCCAAUAUCAGCGAUGCUGGAGCCCCAAACCUUGGAGAAGAUGCGGUCCAGCAACGGAGAACCGAGAUCCAGCAAUCGAAUAACUCCUUAUGA